AUGGAAGGCCAUACCCCCAAUCCUCUACUAUUGCCUCCAGAUCUCACACCGCUAGAGCAAGAGGUGCUCGAAGAGUACGAACGGCUAGCGGAGAACAUGAAGAAGCUCGCAACCGUACUGGACGCUAUGGCCGGACAGCCUACCACCGAGAUUCUCGACGGCCUGCGGGAGCUCGAGCGUAAGACGAGCCUGGUCUUCACGUUGCUCAAAGCAAGUGUCUACAGCAUCGUGCUACAGCAGGAGAUCGACUGGGGCGACCAAGCGCGGGGCUGA